UCGGCAGACACCUCGUGUCUCUGUUCUUCAAGCCGGUAGGAAAUACCCUCGCUUGAUAUCGACCACAUACAAAGUACUCGUCAGACAAUACACCCUUACCUCUUGAAACUGUCAAGAUGAGACACUUAUGAGCGAGGUCACACGAGAAGUGCCAUACCGACCCAUGCAUACCACUCCACGCGACCUGCCAGUGCCCCUCCGUCCAACCAUCGCAUCUUGGAACCAUUGAAAGAUAUACCUCUGCAUAUACAACAUAUCAGCUUGAAAAAGGCACUCUUUAGCCUAACGUAGCGAUCUCUGAACCACAAUCUAUUAAAUUGGCCGAUAGAGCAUCUCCGCCAAAAUGAAGUUAAUACUAUCCACAUCGUACGUAUUACUGCGUUGGCCAGCAUUGUUCUUGAGCCCGAUCUAACUCUAUGCUUGCGCAGGAAUAUAAUGUCCUCUGGACAGCCAAUUGUCCGAAGACCGCUGUUCUCAAAGUCCAAUAUCGAACUCAUCAAUUCCUUGCGAUCGAAUUUCGCCUCGUUCCAGCACCAUUCCUCCGGCAUCGCGAGUUCGCAAAGACUCGACUAUAGCCAAUGGACUACACAGGAGGACGACAGUCUUUACGUCCCGACGUGGCAGCCGACACCGCUCUCGGAGCCCCGCGACUCAUACGAUGUCACAGUCAAGCUCUUCUUUCUUCCGGGCAUUCCGAGUUCAAGAAGAUGCAAACACACCCGUGAAGCAAUCGAUUUGGUGCUAAAAGAGUUGGGGAUUGGGAGUGUAGACCUCCUUAUUGUCAGCUAUCCUGGUGUGACUUUCGACGCCGACGAUGAGGAGGACGUGUCGGCCGAUGAGGAUGAAAGCGCCGACAGCGAUGAGUCGGAAGGUCUGGAUGCCCAAGUGAGAACAUGGCGAGUCCUGGAAUCUUUGCAUGACCAAGGUGUCAUAUCGCAAUUGGGCGUUUCCGAAUUCAGCUCCCAGCGCCUCAGCAAGUUCCUACCAGAGGUACAGGUGCGGCCGACGGUGGACCAGAUCAACGUCAAGGACUGUUGUGUUGUGCCCAAGUCGCUGAUCAUGUAUGCGAAGGAGAACAAGAUUGAGUUGCUCACUCAUGCAGACUGCAUGGACAUCCUACCACCUGGAACGACCAGAGAACUGCUUGGGCCCGGCAGGGAUGGAGCGGGGAUACUUGCCGCCAAUGCUGAGGUUCGGCCAGAAGAGCCCGGCUUGAAAGGAGAUAUCGAACCACAAUGGGUGGUGAAAUACACUGCCGUCGUCAAGAAUCGAGGCGUGAUCGAGAACAAGGGAUAUUUCGCCCUCGCUCAGCUUGGCAGCUGCAUCGAGGAGAAGCCCGUUGCCAGUGCGUGAGCAUGGCCGUUAUCGCUUGAAAGUUGACCUUUAGC